ACAGACACGCUCUCGCCGUCGCAAACUUGCAAUUCCCAUCGGAAAUAUCUUCCUCGCCGCCGCCGCCGCCGCCGUCGCUGCCGCCGCCAUGCUCCAUCUCCGGCACCGCAUCGUGCCCCAUAUCCGCUCCUCCUCCUCCACCUCUGCCAUCUCCCCUCUCCACCGGCUCCUCUCCGCCGCGGCAGCCGCUGCCCCCAUUUCCCCGAGCCAAGGAUUCGCCGUUGAGGACUACCUCGUCGGCACCUGCGGCCUCACCCGGCCCCAAGCCCUCAAGGCCUCCAAGAAGCUCUCCCACCUCAACUCCCCCGCCAAUCCCGACAACGUCCUCGCCUUCCUCGCCGGCCUCGGCCUCUCCGGCGCCGAUGCCGCCGCCGUCGUCGCCAAAGACCCGCAGUUCCUCUGCGCCGGCGUGGAGAGAACAUUGGCCCCUGUCGUCGACGGGCUCGCCGGCCUCGGUCUGUCGCGCCCUGAGAUCGCCCGCCUCGUCUCGCUUGUCCACAGCCGCUUCCGCCGCAGAUCCAUAGUCCCCAAGCUGGAGUACUACCUGCCCCUCUUCGGCUCCUUCCACAGCUUCCUCCGGGCGUCCCAGCGCGCAUGCUACCUUCUCUCAUCGGACCUUGACAAGGUGGUCAAGCCCAAUGUCAUGUUCCUGCGGGAAUGCGGGCUAGGCGAUUGCGAUAUUACCAAGCUGUGUAUCUCUGAGCCGAGGAUGCUCGGCAACAAACUGGAACGCGUCCAGGCAAUGGUGGUGCGCGCCGAAGGUCUGGGCGUGCCCCGUGGCUCGGGGAUGUUCAAGGUUGCGCUACAGGCUGUCGCAUUCCUCAGCGAGGAGAAGAUCGCCGCCAAAGUGGACCACCUGAAGAAGACGUUCAGUUGGUCGGAUGGUGAGGUGGUCGUUGCUUUGUCUAUGGCUCCAAUGCUGCUCAAGAGGUCAAAGGACAUCCUGCAGCGCAGCUUCGAGUUCCUUGUCUUUGAGGUGGGCUUGGAACCGGGGUACAUUGCUCAUCGGCCCGUAAUCCUCUAUUAUAGCCUGGAGGGCCGGAUCAAGCCCCGGUGCUAUGUUCUAAAGUUCCUCAAGGAAAACAGAUUGCUCGAUCGCGACUGGAGCUUCUAUACUGCAGUCACUAGGCCUGAGAAGUAUUUCAUGAAGAAGUGCAUAUGGCCUUACAAGGAAUCUGCACCACACCUUGCUGAAGACUAUGCGGCAGCUUGCAGAGGGGAAAUGCCAAGUAAUUUCAGAUUUACCUGAACCAAAAAAGGGCUAUGGAAAUUGGUUGCUUGUGUAUGGCGCAACAAAGUUUUCACUCUCCGUAGUAAGCUGGUAGUUCCUGUUUUGAUGUUCUUUGCCAAACUAGAUGUUGGUUAUUUUCCUGUAGUAUGCCUGUUACAUGCCGCCGGUUUGGUCAUUGCUGAAUGCUAACUCCUAUGAAACUGAUAAUUUUAUUCCUUAACACUGGUA